AUGAAAGCUGCUUUAUCAGCUAUUUUAUUAAAUCGUAUGGGUGAUACAUUCUUUAUGUUAGCUUUAGGUAUAUUCUUAAGUUAUUUUCAUGCUGUUGAUUUUGAUACAUUAUCAUUAGCUGCACCUUAUACUAAUACAUUAAUAUUAAAUAUAUUAAGUUUAUUAUUAUUAUUAGCUGCUACAGCUAAGAUUAGUGGACUUAUUGCUAUAGUUACUAAUGAUAUUAAGAAAGUUAUUGCUUUAUCAACUAUGUCACAAUUAAGUAUUAUGGUAUUAGCUAUAGGUAUUAGUUCAUAUGAUUUAGCUAUUUAUCAUUUAUAUUGUCAUGCUUUCUUUAAAGCUUUAUUAUUUAUGGGAGCUGGUUCUGUUAUUCAUAGUUAUAUAUCUGAAACACAAGAUAUGCGUAAAUAUGGUGGUUUAGUUAAUUAUUUACCAUUUAGUUAUACAGCCAUAUUAAUUGCAUCAUUAUCUUUAAUGGCUAUACCUGGAUUAACUGGAUAUUAUUCUAAAGAUAUUAUUAUUGAAUCAUUAUAUGGUACUUAUACAUUUAGUGGAUAUAUUUUAUAUUAUAUGGCUGUUGGAUCUGCUACUCUUACUAGUUUAUAUUCUAUAAGAGUAUUAUAUUUAACAUUCUAUAAUAACCCUAAUAGUAAUAAAGCUACAUAUCAACAUAUACAUGAAAACAUACGUUUAUCUUUAUCAUUAUUAUUAGUAUAUAUUUAUGAAUACGCUUAUAAAGUAAGACCUUCAACUAUAUAUAAUUACUUUAAUAAUAAAAUUUAUUAUGAUCAAUUAUUAAAUAAUGUUAUUAUACGUAAAACAUUAGUAUUUGGUGGAUAUUUAAAUACAUAUAUUGAUAAUGGAUUAUUAAAAGUUUUAGGAUCUACUGGUAUUAGUAGAGCAUUAACUUAUAUUAAUAUUGGUAUUUUCUUAAAUUUAUUAUAUUUAUUCUUCUUUUUAUAG